CACUCAUAAAUACCAAUAGACAGAUACCAUUUCAAGCACAUUAUUUUGCAGAUUUUGAAAUCGUUUUUUUUUUUUGAAAUAAAAUUAAGUUUUAUGAGGAUUUUUCAGUGAUUCAAAUCUAAUUUUUUUGAAAUACGAAUAAAAUGGCACUUAAUCAACAUUGGCUUUGUAAUUAUUCAACGAACAUUUGUACUGAUGAUUGGACACCAAGUUUAAAAGCAUUAUGGGAAUGUAAUUGGUCUGAAACUUUAAAUAAUGACAUUUUUGCUCAAAUUAUUGUGCGGAACUUCACUGACAUCGAUUUUACAGCAAAAAGUGUUGAAGAAAUGCUAUGUCUGGCCAUAUCAGCCCUUCAAGCAUUUGUUCAAGAUAAUUUUGUUGGGCCAUUGCUUAACGAAGACGACAAGUUCAAAGAAUUGUCAUGGCAUUCCGAUAUUCAACGCAUUGGCAAUGACUCAGUGCGAAAUUAUUUAAUAUCAGACGGUGAAGAAAUCAACACAAAUGUGAAUCAUCCCGAAUUGUUGGCGGUGGCAAAAUUUAUUCUUUUGCAUAUUGGUGAAAGGAUAAGUGAUGAAUCAAUUGACCAAUUUAUUUAUCAAAAUUGGCUCUUACGUUAUUAUGGUGUACACCAAUUAGUGAUUGACGAAUAUACUGAUACGUUUUUUAAUGGUAUUAACAAAGUUUCAAAUAGUUUAGUUGAAAAUGUGAACACCGUUGAGAAUAUUGAUAAAGAUUCAAAGGUGAUUUGUCUUUUGGAAAUUUCUGCAUGGCAGUUACACUUCAAACGAAUAUUUACCGCUAAAGAAAAGUUACAAAUGGCUCAACAAUUGCUCGAUGUGAACAUUACAAUCGAAGGAAAAUUGGGUGUUCGAACGAAAUACCAACAAAAACCAGUACCACAGUUGAUGUUGCGUGUAGAUUCACCAAAUGGUGAUAUUGUCGUUAUACCAUCCAUUGAGUCUCCCAUUGCGCCAGCCAAACUUCCAGCACUUUUGCAAUUGGACGAUGAUACGCGAUUAGAAAAAAUUCAAUUUAUCAAUGAAGAGGACAACAUAAUCACGAGGACAAAAAGCAUAGUUCAAGCUUUAAUACUAAGCACUUAUAAUUACAUCCAAAAAUCACAGCCCAAAGAUAAAUUGGCUAACGAAGAGCUUAUGCCUUAUUUAAUGACAUUAAUGUAUCAAGAACAAGGGCCGUGGUCCAUUCGUAUAUCGGUUUUGUUUGAAAAUAUCAUAAUGGAAGCUACACACAAACGCACCGUCGAAAGAAGCUUAAAACAAUGUGAAGAGAUUUAUAAAUUAGUAACGAAAUCAGAUUCCACAAGCAAUUUUCAUCGUUUAUCGUUUGUGUAUACAUCUUAUAUGCGUCCACAUUGGAUAAUUCGUACACAACUAGCAGACUUAUUGGUUAGCUUGGGCUUUGUUAAAACUGCUCUGGAUAUUUAUCUCGAUAUUGAGAAAUGGGAUGCUGUAAUUAUGUGUUACAAUAUGUUGGAACUCAAGCAUAAGGCGGCUGAAGUGAUUCAAAACGAAUUGAAAAAGAAGGAAACCGUUGAAUUGUAUUGCAUGUUGGGUGAUUCAUUAGAUGAUAAAACAUGGUAUGAAAGAGCAUGGGAAUUUUCAAAUAAAAGAAGUGGUCGUGCUCAGCGUCAUCUCGGCUCAUAUUAUUUUGCUAGAAAGCAAUUCGAAGAGGCCAUUCCACACUUGGAACAAUCAGUUGCCAUUAAUUCACUGCAAGAAUCGGUUUGGUCAAGACUUGGUUAUUCAGCAUUGUCACUUGAACGGUGGGAAUUGGCUGCAAAAGCGUAUCGACACUAUACACAUAUUGAACCGAACGGCUUUGAAUGUUGGAACAAUUUAGCUAAAGCAUAUCUGAAUUUGGGUGACAAACAACGUGCGCACAAAGUUCUGGCUGAAGCAUUAAGAUGUAACUACGAUAACUGGAAAGUAUGGGAAAAUUUUCUCAUUGUAUCGUUGGACACGGGCAAUUUUGAAGAUGUAUUAAAUGCACAUCAUCGACUUGGAGAAUUGAAAUCAAAAUAUUUAGACAAAGAAGUUUUGACGAUUACAGUAAAUGCAAUACUUCAAAACACACCAGACUCACAAGGUCGCCCCAGUGAACGUCUUCUGAAAAAAGCACAGAAUCUUCUAGCACAAUUAUGUGUGCAGUAUCCGACAGAAGGUGUGGUAUUUGAGCUUUCUGCCAAACUGUUCGACAAAGAACCACUUCAAAAAGCGCAGAAAUUACAAAAAGCCUAUCGUGCAUAUACACAGGGAAAAAAUGCGUGGACAAAAACAUCGGAGGGGACGCUUCAAGUUUUAGGACUUUGCAAUGAUUUGUGCGAGUCAAGUUUGAAAGCAUAUGAAGAAGUGGAAGAUAACCUUAAAACAACAGCAGUAUCACAGCUAUCGUCUGCUCGGCUUACAACUCAGGGUUGUAUCAAGGCAGCAAAUGAUUCAGAAUGGCUGGACCAAUGCAAUGAACAAAUUCUGAUGCUUACUGAUUUAUUGGAAAUCAUAAAAACGAAAUUAUUGAAUAAACCUUAAAUAUUGAUGUAAUAUGACAAAAAUGUUUUAUUAUAAUUAAAAUGUCCUCUUUGUCAAAUUUUGUGAUCGAAUCAGUUUUUAAUUUUUGUUAAAAAUGCUUUAUUAACCCAAUGGUAUU